AUGAGUAGUACCAGCCAAUUCACUGAUGCCCAACUGCUGGGCCAGAGUGUUGUUUUGCUACCAAGGGGAAGUGAUGCAUUCGACCUUGACGUAGUCCUCGAUCAAAAGAGGAGAAUCGUCACGCUCAGCGAGGACCAGAGCACCGUUACGUUCCCGGAUGGCGAUACCUAUGCCAUCCCUAAGAACACGAAAUUAACAAAUUCGGCCGGCGGGACCACAACUAAUUCCAUGAGGGUUGAGACCGGGACAGACCUGGCCAGCAUGCUUGAUACCAGUGCGAGCUUCAGCGCCAGUUAUGCUGGUGUUUCAGCGUCCACCUCGUCGCAAUAUAGCUAUUCUCACUCUCUAAGCACGGCGAAAGUUUAUGGAGUCAUGAGUGUUGAUCACCGUUCGUUCUUCUUGGAGCUCGAUUACGACGGAUCUCCUGUCGUGCUCAAAGUCAACAACGAACUGACAAAGACGGAAACUAAAGAGAAUUUCGAGCUUCACGUCAAGGCCGAAUAUAAUGGAAUAGCAGAUGUCAGCGGGGACGUGAGCAUCAAGCAGUCGAGCGAUUAUAAGGCGUAUCGCCAAACACGCGAGAACCAGGUGUAUGUUCGCGGCGGAACCGACGCUUCUCGAGUCGAGCUCAGCACCUCGCAGCCUGAUAACAAUCCCGAAGAGUACAGGAAGACCUUCAAUGAAUGGGCGCAGACACUGAACAAUUCUAAUACUGCCUCCCUAGUCAAUAUCAGAGUUGAUAGUAUUGGCAACUCCUUGCGCAAAAGCGGAAAUCCGGACUACGAGCCAGCUGCAAGAAAGCUGAUCGAUGCUCUAGGAUAUAUCUCAGCAUUGCGAGUCAUCCAAGGCCAGAUAUCGGUUGAAUCAUUUGGAACCACCGAGCAGCCCGAGUACACUUGCUCUCUUCACAAUGUUCCUGGUAUGCAGCUGAAAUACAUUAGUGCGGGUUUGGGCAAUCUAUCGCCUGUUAACCAAGAGCCAACCUCGUUGAAACUUCGACUUCAGGCCAACCCGACGCCGUCCUCGGAGCCAGAUGUCAUCGUACCGCAGUCGGGGACCUCUGCUUGGGCAAAUGUCCAGGUCACGACGCCGCAGGAGGCGUCUGUGGUGCAUCUCGAAAAGCCUACGAGCAAGGGAUGGUACAGCUUGGUUCUCGAUCUGCAGCCCGGAGGACCUAAAGUACAGUCAACCGUCGAUGACAAGCAGACUACUAGAGACAUCCCUGUCGACUCCCUGGCAAUUUCCGGCACAUAUGGCACGUAA